AAACAGUUCUUUAUUGAAUUAUUUCGAGAUUUUAAGUCUCACCUUGGAUUCCCGGAAGAAUGUUACUAAAGGAUCUUUUUACCAUUUUUUAUGAGUCAGUGGGGAACAUAUAGCAGAAAAGCUUAAGUUCUUGUUUUGGUGAUAAAGGAAGUUAAUUGGAUGUUUGAUCCCAAAGGAAUUAUGUUACAAUCCGAAUUUACCGUGAUUAUAAAAUUAAAAAACGAUUAUUUCGCCCGAGGUAGAAAAAUAUUUUGACUAGCAUGUUAUAAUCUCGAGAUGUUUUAAUACCUGUUUUAUUGUUUUCCGUGCUUUAGAAUUUAGUUAAUUGCAUUGCUGAGGAAGCCACUGGUCUAUCACCCCCAUUAAACUAGGUGCGAAAGUCUUUUUAGGAUUGCUAAAUUUCAUUUAUUUAAUCGUGUUAUUCACUAACAUCUGAUUAGGCAAGUUGGGGAUAGAGAUUGCAGCCCACAGCAUGGCUUGCCGACAAAGUCGAUGCUGAAAUUUAAGGUUUGGGUAGGUGUGUUUCUAGAAUGCUUUUGGAUCUUGCCUUAUCUUGAGCUGAAAGCUUAAUGAUUGGGAUUUGCACACACAGCUCAGUGGGGGGAGGGGAGCUUGAGUCCUUAAGGACGAAAGUACUAAUGCUAGUGUGUCCCAGGCACUGCCGAUUUUUACCUGGCUCAUCUAAUUUAUAGAAAUCCGUGGUAUCUAGCUUUCCUAAUUUUGAGUCAUGUUUGCUCAAAGUACUUCGGUGUUGUGUUGGUCAAAAAUGAGUUGGUGUAUAUGUAGAAAACCUAUGGUAAUCUGUUACUGAGAUGAGUUGUAAUAAUUACAUUUUUAUAGCACAUUACAGCUUUCAAAGUCCCUUACAGUCUUGCAUGUAUGUAGUAUAGCAUUUGUUUCAGAAUAUUGUUUACUUAGUAAUCUUCACAAUUUUUAUAAGACCAAACCCAAACCCAUUGCCAUCAGGUCGAUUUUGACUUGUCCAACUAUGUAUAUUAUUAUCUUGGAGUCCUGGUGUCACAGUGGUUAAGAACUCAGCUGCUAACCAAAAGGUCGGCAGUUUGAAUCCAUCAGCCGCUCUUUGGAAACCCUGUGGGGCUGUUCUGCUCCACGCUGUAGGGGCGCUAUGAGUGGAAAUUGACAUGACAGCAGCAGGCUUGUUUUUGGUUUUUUAUGGACCACCUUAAAUUUUGUUUGUGGAUUCUUUAGCAGAACAAAACCUACCUUUCUUAAAUGGACGUUAAAGUUGCCUUUUAUGUUUUUAUUAGUAUUUUAUUUUUUUUUAGAAAAAUCCCUUGUUUGCGUUGCAUUUUUAUGGCAUUGCAAGUGUUGAGAUUUGUAGCACUUUGUGUGGUAGGUAAUAUUUGUAUCUUCGUUUUAGCUGAUGUGGAAACCGUAGCCCAGAGAGGUAAGUGAUUUGCUCCAGAUCGCAUGGCUGAUAGAUACAAGAGUUAGUAAAAGAUGUCUUCCAGUUCCCAAGUGGUAUCCUUUCUACUACAGUGCCAAGCUCCUGCAGGGCAUUGGCUUUUUCUGUUCAGUUGUGAUAAACUUCAGCCAUCUACAGACUUCUUAUUGAAGUUGCCUUGGCUGGUCUGCCUUUCUGUUGAGAGAGAAGAGCCAGGGAACUUUUGAGAUCUGGGAUGCGAGGCAGCCAGCCAACCAAAGCUGGACUCCCAUCCUAAGCUGUUUUUUAGUGUUGAGGCAUCAGGAGUAGAUGGUGGUUCUGACAUUCUACACUUCAGGUAUAUUAUAUCUGACUAAAAUAACAAGCCUUUAUGUAAUUUUAAAACCAUGUUUUAACGAAUUAUCUUCAGUUGCUCAAAGGUAGGUAAAUUGGCUAGCUUUGAUUUUUUUUCUGUUUUGCUUUUCUUUACGUCCAUUAUCUCUACUUCAGCUAGCUAAAUCUAAUCAUUAUUGGGGAUAGGCAGAGUGGGAGAGUUAUCAUCUUCAUCGGUUACUUAUUUUUUAUCGUGGUAAACAUAUAGGUAACAAAACAUUUGCCACUUCAACAGUCUUGGCAUGUACAGUUCAGCGACGUUAAAUAUGUCCGUUAUGUUGUUCAGCCACCGCCAUUAACCGCUCCAUCAGUUACUAGGUCUUAAGAGGCAGAGUCCUAACCGCCGAUUUAUUAAUGAAUAGCUGUUUUAACCUGAGAUAAUCACCUAAUAACUCAGUCAUUUUAUCAUCUGGAAAAUGGAGGAACAUUGUUUUUGAAAAAUUGUAAUUGAGACUCAUAAGCACUUCAUUUUUCAUUUCUAUAUUCUUCAUUUUUUCCCUUCAAGAUUGAACUCCAGAUACCUGUUAGAUUAAUUUUAUUUCAUUUCAGUUAUUCCAUUUUUGUGAUCUGAAUUCUUUGUUAAAAAGUAAAGCUAGACACCUAGAAGAUCCAUUGUAUUUAUGAAUCUAAAAUUGACUUUAGGUGGUUAUUAUGAUUGUCUGUUACACUAAAAAAAAGGGGGGGAUAAUGUCUUAGCAUAGUCAUGCAACACAAAAGUCAAAAUUGAGAAUUAGGGUCUAUUUUGGCUGAAUAGUCGAAUAUUGUGAGUGCUUUUAAAGUUUAUACAUUUUCUAAUUUGCCUCUGCCAGACUGUGCAUUUAACUAAUGUUACAGACUAUGAAGUCUCAAGGAAAAUUGCCUUUUAAUCAGCUAAGCAUAGGUUUAUCUUUCUGAAUGAUAAUACUCUCAUUUCCGAAAUCUGCGUGUGGAAUGAGUGACCACUGACUGACUUGUGAAAUGCAAACAUUUAUACAAACUUUGUAUUUGUCCUUGACUUCCAUUACAUAUUUAGAAAUUUAUUCUUAUUAAGAAAAUAUGGCUGUCCUCUCGGCAACAUGUCAUUAAGAUCUGUCCCACAUCAAACUUUUUAAAAGGAAAGAGACCGCAAGCCAACAUUAGACAUUUAAGUAACUUGCUAUUUAGAUUUAGAAUCUGAUAAUUGGAGAUCACCAAGGCUACUGCAGAGGGGCUUAGAACCAAAGAAUGUUAUGAUAGCUAACCUCGGCCUGUGAAAUCUCCCAUGGGGUUCUUCUAGAAGUGGUGAUGGAGAGUCUUUGUUUUUUAAUGAGGAGAAAGAAACUAAUAAGUGCCUAUUUCAUGCCAGUCACUGUGCUGACAUCUUCAAAAAUAGCACAAUAAUUUUGGGCUUUGGUGGGGGUGAUCCUUUUUGAGGUGGAGAAACCGAGGCUCAGAGAUUCUGCCACUUUUUCUCUUUUUAAGGUUUGCCACUGUCUUCUAGAAAACCAGGGCUCUCAGAACUUCCUUCAUGUGCUUCCCAGACCUUUAAAUGCACUUUCAAAACAGGCAUUCGAAAGCUGGGCAACGAAUAAGGAAGACUGAAGAAUUGAUGCCUUUGAAUUAUGGUGUUGGUGAAGAAUAUUGAUUAUACCAUGGAUUGCCAGAAGAAUGAACAAAUCUGUCUUGGAAGAAGUACAGCCAAAAUGCUCAUUAGAAGCAAGGAUGGCAAGACUUUGUCUCAUAUACUUUAGACAUGUUAUCAAGAGGGAUCAGUCCCUGGAGAAGGAGGACAUCAUGCUUGAUUCAAGAUGACCAACGAAGAACCUCUUCCCAAAAAGGUUCGACUGAGUGAGACAGACUUCAAAGUUAUGGCACGAGAUGAGUUAAUUCUAAGAUGGAAGCAGUAUGAAGCGUAUGUGCAAGCUCUGGAGGGCAAGUACACAGAUCUUAACUCCAAUGAUGUAACUGGCUUAAGGGAGUCUGAAGAAAAACUAAAGCAGCAACAGCAAGAGUCAGCGCGCAGGGAAAACAUCCUUGUCAUGAGACUGGCAACCAAGGAGCAAGAGAUGCAAGAGUGUACUACUCAAAUCCAGUACCUCAAGCAAGUCCAGCAGCCUAGUGUUGCCCAACUGAGAUCAACAAUGGUAGACCCAGCGAUCAACUUGUUUUUCCUAAAAAUGAAAGGUGAACUGGAACAGACUAAAGACAAACUGGAACAAGCGCAAAAUGAACUGAGUGCCUGGAAGUUUACGCCUGAUAGCCAAACAGGCAAAAAGUUAAUGGCGAAGUGUCGAAUGCUUAUCCAGGAGAAUCAAGAGCUUGGAAGGCAGCUGUCCCAGGGACGUAUUGCACAACUUGAAGCAGAGUUGGCUUUACAGAAGAAAUAUAGUGAGGAGCUUAAAAGCAGUCAGGAUGAACUGAAUGACUUCAUCAUCCAACUUGACGAAGAAGUGGAGGGUAUGCAGAGCACCAUUUUAGUGCUUCAGCAGCAACUGAAGGAGACACGCCAGCAACUGGCUCAGUACCAGCAGCAGCAGUCUCAAGCCUCCGCCCCCAGUACCAGCAGGACUACAUCUUCGGAGCUUGUAGAGCAGGCAGAGGCCACCAGUAAAGACUGCAGUCGCCUGGUUAACGGACCAAGUAAUGGCAGCUCCUCCCAUCAGAGGACGUCUGGGUCUGGAUUCCAUAGGGAGGGGAGCGCAACUGCAGAUGACUUCCCUUGUUCUCCAGGGAGUGGGAAUAAGGUCUCCAACAGCUCUGAAGAGAGAACUGGCAGAGGAGGUAGUAGUUACGUAAACCAACUCAGUGCGGGGUAUGAAAGUGUAGACUCUCCCACGGGCAGUGAAAACUCUCUCACACACCACUCAAAUGACACAGACUCCAAUCCUGACCCUCACGAGGAGAAAGCAGUGAGUGGGAAAGGUAACCGAACUGCGGGUUCCCGCCAUGUGCACAAUGGCUUGGACUCAAGUGUGAAUGUACAGGGUUCAGUUUUGUAAUAUUUUUCCAGCAAAUUUUUAUACAGUGUCAUUUAAUUUGAGGAAAGAUACUGUCCAGAAAAUUAAUGCAUACUUUUGUCACAAUUUGCCUUUUUUGUGGGUGUGGUGUUUUUUUUUUUUUUUUUUUUCCUUUUUGCUUCAAUACCUCUGCCACUUUGGAACUUGUAACCGUUAAUUACUUUGAAUGUUGCUAAAAGGACAUUUUGUGUAGGGUCAGGUUAUUUUUAUAUGAGUUAAUGUGAAGUUGUAAAUGGAAAUCUUUCUUAAAGUAUAACAAUGAUGUCUGUAUAAAUCUGUGUAUAUCUAGAACCUGUGCUGUGUGAUGGCAUUCGGACUCACGCUGUUAUUAUACUUACACAACAGUCGGACUUGUUACGGUAGAUGUGGUUUAUGACUGCCAAGUUUGCCCAGUAUAGUAGUUUUAUCACUAAAAGUUGGACUUGUCGGUGGAGUCCUAUAGUGGUUUCAGUGUUAGAUACAGUUUUUUCACCAUACAUCUGUGCAUUUUCUCUUUAGGUGACUGAAUGUUUAAGAAAUAUGUGCGCAUAGUUGCUCAGUUUUUAUGAACUGUUGUAUCCUGUUAAUGCAUAUGGCUCUGUGACUCUUAAUAUAUCUUAACCUGUACUGACCAAACCUAAAUAAAGAUUUUUAUUGUAACUUC